AAAUGACGUAGCUUUUCUCUUCAUCUUCCUCCUCCUCACGUGUCGAGUCCCUCCGCUCACGGUUCAUCACGGCAGUUGGGUUUUUGGCUCAGAAGGUUUUGUCAUGAGCACAAGACGACCUGCCAACGAGAGACGAACACGAUCGGUCGCUUCUAACGUCGGCACCUGAAGUGGUCGUUUGGAGAAACUGAAGACGACAUCUGAUCUGGACUCUGGAGUCGACACCAGCGCGCGACCACAACAACAGACACACCAGAAACUGAGACGCACACGAGAGAAGUUCCACCUGGGACCAUUUUACCUUCAGGAUUUUUAAGAAGCAAAUUCUGGCUGAACGAGCUCCACUGCACAGUACAGUGGUUCUUACUGAGAGAGGAACAAUUAACUCACAAUGCUCACCUAAGAAAAUCUGGUAAAUCUCUCAGCUCCAGAUUAGAAGCCACUAAAAAGCCAAAAAGCAAAAGUCUUGUCGUAAAAUCAGCUAUUAAUUGACCUGAGGAAUUCAAGAUGGCCGACCCGUACCAGAACAACACGUACCAACAACAAGGGGGCGACAGCUACGGGACCUACGGGGAAGGCGGCGGCCCCGACGGGUACGGCUACCCUUCGCAGGAGGAGGACGCGGCGAGCGACGCCACCGAGGGACACGAUGAGGAGGAUCAGAUGUACGAGGGGGAGUAUCAAGGGAUCCCCCAUCCUGACGAGGUGAAGGCUGCGCAGAGGGCCGCACGGGCUAAAGCCCGAGCGGCCAGGAACGCCGUCUCCGAGCUGGAGGAGUUGUCCGAGCAGUACGAGGAGAUCAUGGAGGACUGUGGCCACGGGAAGUUCCAGUGGACGCUCUUCGUCGUGCUGGGCCUGGCGCUGAUGGCCGACGGGGUCGAGUGUUUCGUGGUCGCCUUCGCGCUGCCGUCCGCCGAAAAGGAUCUGUGUCUGUCGAACGCGGAGAAAGGAAUGCUGGGUCUGAUCGUCUUCGUGAGCAUGAUGGUGGGGGCGUUCUUGUGGGGCGGCCUGGCCGACAAGGUCGGUCGUCGGCGCUGUCUGAUCGUGGCGUUGGCGAUAAACUGCAUCUUUUCCUUCCUGUCUUCAUUCGCCCAAGGCUACGGCUUCUUCCUCUUCUUCAGGCUGCUGUCGGGCGUCGGGAUCGGUGGAACUGUGCCUAUCGUGUACUCGUACUUCUCCGAGUUCCUUCAGAUGGACAAGAGAGGGGAGCAUCUGUCCUGGUUGUGUAUGUUCUGGAUGAUCGGUGGGAUCUACGCCUCCUUCACCGCCUGGGGCAUCAUACCCAGAUACGGAUGGGGCUUCAGUAUGGGCUCAGAGUUCCAGUUCCACAGCUGGCGGGUGUUUAUCCUGGUGGCGGCUCUUCCUGCCAUCACCUCGCUGGUCGGACUCACCUUCAUGCCCGAGAGCCCUCGCUUCCUCCUGGAGAAUGCCAAGCACGACGAGGCGUGGAUGAUCCUGAAGCAGGUCCAUGACACCAACUGGAGAGCCAAGGGACAGCCGGAAAAAGUCUUUACUGUGACUCACAUCAAGGCUCCCAAGACAGCAGAGGAUGAGUUCAUUGAGAUUCAGACUGCCACAGGAACACCGGUGCAACGAUGGGCUGUUCGCUCACUCACGCUCUGCAAACUGGUGCUGAAGAACGUGGCGUCUCUCGUGUCUGCAGAUCUGCGGUUUGCUACGCUCUUCAUGGCCGUCAUCUGGUUCUGCAUGGCCUUCAGUUAUUAUGGUCUGUCUGUGUGGUUCCCCGACAUGAUCAAGCACCUUCAGUACGAGGAAUACAAGUCCAGGGUCAAGGUGUUGCAUAGAGAAAGAGUGGAGAACUUCCAUUUUAACUUUUCUUUGGAGAACCAGAUCCAUAAAGAAGGGGAAUACAUCAAUGACAAGUUCAUGCAUAUAGAGAUGAGGUCAGUGAAGUUUGAGGACUCACUGUUUGAAGACUGUCGCUUCGAGGACAUCAGGUCCACGGACACGGUGUUUGAGAACUGCACCAUCCGCUCCACCGUCUUCUACAACACAGACCUGUGGCAGGACAAGUUCGUCAACUGUAGGAUGGACAACACCACCUUCGAGCACAACAAGCACGGCUGCCACCUGGACAACGCGGAGGAGAACGACGUCCUCAUCUACCUGGUCAGCUUCCUGGGCAGCCUGGCCGUGUUGCCGGGCAACAUCAUCUCGGCGCUCUUCAUGGAGAAGAUCGGCAGGGUCAAGAUCAUAGGCGGCUCCAUGCUCAUCUCCGCCGGCUGCACCUUCUUCCUGUUCCUGAGCUUCAGCCAAGCGGCGAUCAUCGCCCUGCAGUGUCUGUUCUUUGGCGUCAGCGCGGCCGCGUGGAACGGCAUCGAGGUGAUGACCGUGGAGCUGUACCCGGCCUCCAAAAGGGCCACGGCGUUCGGCGUGCUGAACGCUCUGUGCAAGCUGGCCGCGGUGCUCGGCAGCUCCAUCUUCGCCAGCUUCGUGGGCGUCACCAAGGCCGUGCCCAUCCUGCUGUCCUUCGCCGCGCUGACGUGCGGCGGCCUCGUGGCGCUCAAGCUGCCGGACACGCGGGAGAAAAUCCUCCAGUGAGGACGUUGACGUUGGAUUUCUCGUGACUUCGCUCUGCAGACACCUCACACGCCUGUUCCAUGUAAAAUGCCAAGUUCUGUCUUUACUUCAUGUGCAACAUUUGUACUUUUUUUUUUUUUGGUACAUGUUCUACAGAGGACAGGAGGAGGAGGAGGAGGAGGAGGGGGCGUCGCCGUUCCACUUUGAGUUUAGAGGUCUAGUUGUUCAUGUGUCAGUGUUAUAAAGUGCGACUGAUUCACACCAACAGGUUAUUUUUGCGUAAAUCCAACUUGAAGCUUGAAUCACACUCGCAUCUAACUGGUUGUCAUAUUCUUUGCUUCUCGUCUUUGUACCAGUUGAUGCAUGAAUGAUGGGGACAUGUGUUUUCUGUGUGUGUGUGUGUGUGUGUGUGUCUGUGCUGAAAUUGUGAAAGCGUCUCGUUGAAGUUGUCGAAUCCCCCGAAGUUAAAAUUUUGACUCUUUUCUUGAGAGUCAAAUUUGUAAGUAGAAUUGCACUCGGAGGGAACAUUCCUCCGCCAACGCUAAUGCUCAAUGUCGCUAAGUUCAAGCUACAGUGUGUAAAAAAAAUGUCAUGGGUUCACCUUGGGUCAUGCCCCGCCCCCUGGGCAAUCGGUUUUAUUUUUUGUGUGUGUUUAAUCCUGCCGACAAAGAAAAAUGCACCCGAGGACAUAUUUCAGAACUUCAUCUAAUAUUUACUGAUUUCUGCAGAAAGACAAAUCAUAACUUAGCUUAUAGACACUGUCUGGCCUCCGUAGGUUGAACUGAGAGUAUCUGAGCAUUAACCUCGUCUGUCAUUCUAAUCAUUACCAGUAGAUGGCGCAUGAUUUCCUUUUUUUCCAGGCCAUUUGCUGUUGAACGUCUCUUUGCAUCAAAACUAAUAGAGAAGCUUGAUAUCAGUGAAUGCUGCGGAGGUACGACUUAUUUGUAUGUUAAAGUCCAACAGUUCGUCUCUUGUGCCGUACGUCGUCCUGCAUGAGUACGAUCGACGGUUCAUCAUCAUCAUCAGUGCGUCUUCGUCUUCGUCUCCGUCUCCGACUCCUGCGGCUUCACUCAUUUUCCUCAUCAAGUAAGAAAAUCCAUCCUCGAUACAAGUUAUCUGUUGACAAUCCUUCAGCUAGAUGAAAAGAUCGAUAUGAAUUGAAUCGCCAUGAUUUCAAUGAGAAAUGUGUGAUUUUUUUGGGUUCUGAAUAAUCUUUUUUCCUGAGUAUGAUGUAAAACAAAAUGCCUUUAAUAGAAGUUUUUUUCUUCUUUUUAAGUCAAAAUAAUCCACUACUUGCAAAAUCAUCCAAAUGAAAUCUGCUCGCGUGUCGAUCGUAUAACGUUCGUUUGUCUCUGUUCGAUGUGUCGUGUUGGAAAUGGCUUCAUGAAUAGUUGCGUCUUUGUUUAUUCUGUGUCUGACGUCACGUUACCGUAAAGCAGCUAAAAGACGAGACUAUUGUUGUUUUAUUUCUAGGUUUGAAUGUUUUAAUUUUUAUCUUUCUUUUCAUCCCUCCGUGAACAAAAACUCAAACGCUUCAUUGUUUGAUUCAUUUCUGUCCGUGGCCGUGACAAAUCAGACCGAUAAGAUGUGGGUUGGCUUGUUAUGGCUUUCUGCUAUUUAUUAAAAAUCACUACAAAAAUG